GGAGCUCGAGCAGGUUCGGCUCAGAAGAGACCGGCCCGAGGGACCCUCGGCCCAGGAGCCGCCCACCCGCAGCAGAUCCACGCGCACUUUGAAAGAAGCGCCUUUAUUAUUGGCGUUCGCCGCGCGGCGGUCGCCAGGGAGCGGCCGGGGCGGCGGGUUCCCGUCCCCGGGGAGCGGGGCCUCACGCACCCCGCCCGCGGGCUCACGCACGCACGCUCGCCGGGGGCCGGGUCCCGCCCGGAGGGGAGAGGCGCGGCCGCCCCGAGCCCCCCGCUGCCGCGGAUCGCGCGGGCCGAGGGAGUCCCGCCGUCCGCCGAGUGCCCAGCCCGGGCCGCGCGGCCGGGGACGCCGAGGCGGGGCGCGCUCCCCGGGCUCCCCGCCGUCUCCAUGGCGUCUCAGCAGCAGUCCCGGAUCCAGGCGUACCUGGAGAAGAACCGGAUCGGGCCCCUGUUCGAGGAAUUAAUGACAAAGUUAAUAACUGAGACGCCUGACCAGCCAAUCCCGUUUCUCAUUGACCAUCUUCAGUCGAAACAAGGAAACCGUGGACAACUUCAGAGAACUUUAUCUGGUUCUGCAGCUCUCUGGGCAGAAAGUGAAAGCUCUGAACAUAAAGGAACAAGAAGGGAUUUCAGGAACUAUGAAAAGCCGUGGCAAUUAAAUGCAAAGAAGCCUAAAAAAUCAAAAAGUGAUCUUGCUGUGUCUAAUAUUUCUCCACCAUCACCAGAAUCCAAAUCAUUGCCAAGGUCAGUAGAGCAUCAUAAGUGGAACUGGCGGAAUAAAACAGAAAACCGUGAUUUUGAUGAAUUGAACCACAUCCUUCAAGAGAGCAAGAAACUGGGAAAAGCCCUUGAGAAUCUCUCUCGAAGUAUUGCACUUUCAGAUGAACUUGAUAAGGAAACACUGGCAUUUAAUUCUUCUCUUCUGAGACCCCGUGUGAUUGGAGAAUGGAUUGGCCGAGAAGAGAAUGAUGCUGAUCCACUAGCUGCUGAAAUGCUACAGCCUCCAAUUCCAAGAAGUAAAAAUGAACAGUGGGAAAGUGAAGACAGUAGCUCAAGCCCUGCAGGAAGUUUAAAGGUGGAACCCAAGACUAAAGGAUUAAAGCAGCAACAGCAACAGCAUAAGAAGUUACUGGCAGCAAUGCUUUCUCAAGAUUCUUUCGAAUCAAUCCAUAGCCCUACACCAUCUGUAACAGAAGAAGAUAUUGAUAAUGAAGAUGAUGCAAUGGAAUUGCUGGAAGAUCUUGAUGAUUUAAGAAUGGAGGGAGUAACUACUCUGGUAUCUUCUGGGAGCAAAUUUAACCAAGGUCGUGCUACUUACCCUGCCGAACCUCAGGCCAAGGUCACACUGAACAUCUGUUCAAGGUGUGCCAGGCUUCAAGGAGACAAUCUGGCUGACAGAACAGAAGAGGCGUCCCAGAUACUUCAUUCUCCAGAUGAAACAAUCCCAGAUUCUUUGGAUUCAUUACCUGGAACUGACGAAGCACUCAUGGAAGCUGGUAAAGAAUUUGAGAAAGCAUCAAGAUUAACCGGUCCUGGUGAAACCUCCAGUGGACGACAGUCAUUGAAAAACUACACAGAAGAAGAUGAAUCUUUAAAGCAAUUGCAGGUAGUUCAUCAACCAUGGAUCUUGCCGAGUGAUACAGAAAGUGAAGGAGUAGAGGCAGAACAAGAUAAACGUUCUGCUGAUCUUCUUUGUGUCCCGUGUUCUUCUUGUCCUACAGUCGUCUACUCCGGUCUGUGAAGCAGGCAGAAGAAACUGCAAGUGGUCCUUAAAGAAACUUCAGUUAUUCAAGUCAUUGUACAGAGCUCUAACUUUAUUAUGCAUAUAUAAAUAUUUAGAGAAUGGUAUUUUUAUAAUAUUGAUAAUAAAUGAGUACUACUAUAACCAGAAGGUAUACAAGUGUAUAAUCAAUUAACUCUAACCCUGGAAAAAAAUUCUGAGGAUGCCUGAUUCCUUUUGACAUUAUUGGUGUCCUGAGAUGAUUACUUUAUACCUCACUAUUAAGAUUACUGUUUGAUACAUUAAAUAUUGCCUGGAUUAAAUAACUUUGCUCAAUUUUUUCUGUAUUUUAACUUGACUAGGGUUUUCUACUUCUUCUAUUUUUAUAUUUUCUCAUAUUCAAAUAAACACAUUUAUGCACAUGUGCCAAGGUGUGCCAUUUAAGUACCUCUGGAAGUUAGCUGUGCAGUAUAAAUACUCACCCUAUGUGUUUUGUGCAGUGACAAAAACAUAUUCUCUACCACUGCUACUCCCUAUAUUGAUCUUCCCUAUUCUUACCAAAACAAAUAAUUAACAAGCUAUUCCAAUAAAAGCAAAACAGUAUGAAGUGAAAUGCAUGCUUUAAAGCAUAUGCAGUGAAAAUUGUUUGAGCAUUUAUCCAAUUACUGAGCACAAUUAAGAUUACCCAUUUUUAAUUUGAUAUACACUUGCUUUUGGAAUAUGUUACACACUGAUGCUAAGUAAAUGGACUUAAGUAAAAUUAAGAGUAUCUCUAGUGUCUUUUAUCCUAUUAAUCUUAAUCUAAGUUUGCUUUCUGGAGCAAAAAUGUUAUUAAAUUAUAAAACUGCCUGUAUAUUAAAUAAAUAAACAUUAAAUUCUAUAACUGGCUAACUAUUAAACAAGAAAUUCUAUAUUAAUAAAGUUAAUAUUCCUAAAUAAAAUUAUUUAAUA